CCCUUCCCAACAUUUUCCACUCACUCGUGUCUCUCUUUCCUCGCAAAACCCUACCCCUUUCUCUGUCUCUCCCCUGCACAUUCAAGUUAUCUUCUAAGCUUUAUAUAGCUAGCUACCAUUAUCAGGCACAUAUAUAUACAACACCACCAACCAGCAAAAUUUCCAACAAAACUAAGAAAUAGAUCGAUCCAGCACAAAAAAAAAAUAUGAAUACUAUGCUUUUCCCUGAAAGUGUCUCUGCCAAGAGAAAACAAGUGAUCAGAGAGCUUGUGAAGGGUCGUGAGCAUGCUACUCAGCUCAAGUUUCUGCUUCAGAAUCUAAAUGGGGGGUCUCUCUCAGCUAAGGAAAUGGCGGCCAGUGUGCUCAGAUCUUUCUCCGUCUCUCUUUCUGUCAUUACUUCUGAUUCUUUAUCUGAAGAAGCUGGUAGUGGUGGUGGUGGUGAGGUUGCUGAUCAGAAUCAUAGUGAAGAUGGGUCACUUGUGAUGGCGGCGGCGGCUGCUGCUUCCAGCAAUAUUGGUCCUGAAGAUUCAAGUGAGAGCUGCGGGAAGAGAAUAUUUGUGCAGGCCACAAAGGAUCGGAGAGGUUCAUACAAAAGAAGGAAGAGUGAGCAGACACGGACCAUUGUCUCCCCAACCACUGAUGAUGAUCAUUCAUGGAGAAAGUACGGACAAAAGGAUAUCUUGAAUUCUCAAUUCCCCAGGAGUUACUUCAGGUGCACCCGGAAGCAUGAUCAAGGUUGCCGGGCAAACAAACAGGUGCAACGGAUACAGGAGAAUCCUGACAUGUACCAAAUUACAUAUAUUGGGUUUCACACAUGCAAAGACACUCCGAUCAAAGCCCCAGAAAUGGUCACAUUCUCUAAUACUUGGGACUCAUUCCUUGUGAAUUCCCAUCCUGACUCAAAUGAACAUCAUGAUCCAAUUAUAAAACUAGAAUGUCCCUGCAGUGGUGAAACUCCAAGUGAUGUUACUGGCAACAACUUGGAUCAUAGCCUGUGGUCUGAGUUGAAGGAUUUUGAGCUAUCCAAACCUUCCAAUAUUAUACCCUCAAGCAGUGCAGUUCAUAUGGAUUUUGGGGUACUUUCUUCUCAUUUCAGCACUGACUUCCACUUUGAAGAAAAUAAUCUGCUCUAUUCAUCUUCGUAAUGUAAACUACUAAGGUUGAAUAUUUUGCUUUUAAUUACCUUUGCAUUCAUAUGUACCACUAUAUUGCUGCCAGUUGUCAUGGAAUUUGUGGUCACGGGUUCGAGGAGUGAAAUAACUCUUUUGUAAAAAUGUAAGAUAAGACUGCUUACAUUAGAUUUAUAAGGUGGAUCUGAACAUUUUCUACACCUCUCAUAUAACGGGAGCUUUAUAGCACUACAUUGUUUUUAAACUUUGCAUUCAUAUGUAUCAUUAGAGGAUCUCUUUGAUCACAUCAAUCAACUUAUGUAAUGCAAGCCAAACGAUUGUGAUUGGAAGGAUGAUUUGAUUUA